AUGCUCGUCGAGUCUAUCCAAAUCUGGUUGAGUAAACCUGAAGAAGUUGAAGUUCCAUCGACAGAUGAGUUUAUCGAGGAUUCGGAGGAAAUUCAAUCAACAGACGGGUCCGUUGAAGAAGAGGUCUUUGUCACGGCACCGAAAUAUGAUUCCGAGACUCAACAACAAUAUGAGAAGUACAUGCAAGACCGAUUCGAUGCUCGCCUUCAAACAUCAAUUAACACGAGUUACCACACACCGGAAGGCCUCAAUGACGAUGGCACUCCAACGCUCGUCCGCGAAGAUGCCUUUUAUAUCAGUCAUCUCGAUGUGGCAGCUGCGGAAGCGCUUGAUGAAUGGGUUUUCGAAAAUGUUCUCGUCAAGUCUCAAGGUCACACGGAUGUUGCCCACACGGAUGUAGCCCGCGCCGCUUAA